AUGUCCCAUUACGGCGGUGGCUACAGACAAGGUGGAGACCUGUACCGGCCCGGAAAUAACCGGAAUCGAAACUACAACCAAACCAACUACGGGCUGAGCUACGGAAAUACCCGUAACACCAGAAACGACUCGUCCUCAUACAGAUCAAACUCUCAUCAACAGGGCCAACAUAGUCAACAUUAUGGAAGCCAAGCUUCCCAGAGUCGGUAUCAGCAGAAACCCUCGAAUAAUGCCUACCAUCAGGUCUACUCACAAACUCAGUCGGAGCAUCAGCUUUGGCAGGGUGAUCUAGAUCCUCAAUGGACAGAACAAGUCAUCAUGGACAUAUGGGCCCAAGUGGGGGAGAACCCUGUUUCCGUAAAGCUUAUACGAGACAAGAUGGGAAAGCCUCAAUACUGUUUUGUGACGUUUUCCUCACAGCAGGGUGUGGCCAGUGCCAUCCAAAAGAACAGAAUGCAAGUGCCCGGAAGUUCUCGAACGUUUAAGCUCAAUUGGGCCUCUGGAGGCUCUCAUGGAGAUUCACGCUCUCCAAGACAGGGAUCGGGUCCUACUGGAGCGAAAAACUCCGCUGAAUUUUCUGUUUUCGUAGGAGAUUUGGGCCAGGAUGUCACGGAACCAACUCUUUAUGCUCGUUUCAGCAAAGAGUAUCCUGGUGCAGUCAAACAAGUGAAAAUAAUGGCGGACCCCACAACAGGUGUAUCUAAGGGGUUUGGAUUUGUGAGAUUUUUCUCCGAAGAUGCCCAGCAAAGUGCUCUUCGAGACAUGAAUGGAGUUAUCAUUGGUGAAAGACCAAUUAGAGUGGGAGUUGCCAGUGGCGGCAACCUGGAUGCUUCGGGACCUUUGAAGCGAGGAAAAGAGACGACGGUAGCAGCCCCUGCUGUUGUCAUUGCACAAAAACAACCACCGCUUACAGUAUUCACUGAUAAGUAUAAUACAGUCAUCAGUAUCCGAGGUAUCAACACCUCGAUUACCAGAGAAGACCUUAUAGCACAUUUUCUCUCGUUUGGAAAUAUUAUCUACUGCCGAGUGAACUACGCUAAACAUACCGCAUAUAUAAAGUAUUACCUUCGAGGCUCUGCUGAGCGGGCACUUUUGUUCAUGCAUGGAUUUAUCAUUAAUGGGUGCAACUUGACGCUCCGAUGGGGCAGAGAGGAGGUAGUAGAAAACGGGAAAGUGCGGUUUGCGCCUGCUGAAAAGAGCUCUAAAUAUACUGCAGCAGAGAAAGCACCACCUUUGUACGGGGUUCUUCCAAAUAAUGUUGUAUUUGAGGAUCUUAGUAAGGAGGAGAUAGCAGGACUCGAAUUCAUCGACAAAAGCGAGAUUGUUUCCGUUGAACAAAUAAAUAAGCGGAUUGAAUUGAAGAGGAGAGAGCGCGAGAGAUUCUUGGAAGAGGCUUUUUAG